GGUCACUUGAGUUCCAAACAGCGUGCGAAGCGGAUCGCUCCGCGGUUACGGUCGCGCGCAAGAAUCUCGGAAUCGCUGUAUUAAACUAGUAGAUAUCAAUCUAGAGUAAUGUCAAAGGAUCCGCCCAGAUUGAGCAGGCUCGGAGUGCUGGCGCCAGCGGCACUGGCGGCGUGCAUGGACGCCUCGGUGUUGGCCGUGCCGGCGGCGGGAGCCAUCGUCUCCACAGUGCUCAAGGAGCUUAGCAAAGCUUUCAUGCUUAAAAAGUGGUUUCACGGAGUGAUGUCGGCAAAGGAAGCGGAGCAAUUGAUAAUGGAAAAAGGCAAGAACGGGUCAUAUCUGGUGCGCGAGUCGCAGACGCACCCCGGCGAGUUCGUGCUGUCGGUGCGCGCGCGCGGCCGCGUCUCGCACGUCAUGAUCCGCCGGCAGCACAAGAAGUACGACGUGGGCAGCGGCGAGCAGUUCUCGGAGCUGGCGGGUCUGAUCGAGCACCUGCGCGCGUUCCCCAUGGUGACGGGCGCGGGCGAGGAGCUGCGCCUGCUGCAGCCCGUCUCCGGCACGAGGCUGCGCGCGCACCGCAUUCAGAGGAAGCUCUCACAGAUGCAGGACAUUGAAGAUUCGCAAAAGCUCGAUAAGAAAAAUGGAUUUGACGGAGAAUUCCAGUCGAUUAAGAUGUUAGAAGACAGGCACGUGUUUACUACAGUCGAGGGAAAUAAACCAGAAAAUAUUUCAAAAAACAGAUACAGGAACAUACUUCCCUAUGACCAAACACGGGUUUUGUUGCGGCGAAGCGGCGAGCAUACUACGGACUACAUCAACGCGAGCUACGUGCGCGCCGGCGCAGGCCUGUUCGCAUCCCUGCACUCCUCCACGGAGAGCCUGGACAGUUUGCAAUCUAUAAUUGCUGCCGAGGAUCUAGCUAAGACCACCUUGGUUUCAAAAUCCCUGUCAGACGAUGAUGCGCUCACGGUGGUCCGGCGUAAUAUGAACAUGGAUAAGAUCAAUGGAAAUCUAUAUCCAGAUGCAGUUCAAGAAAAGUUAUAUAUCGUCACGCAAGGUUGUCUGCCAACUACGAAGGAUGAUUUCUGGCGAAUGGUGUGGCAAGAAGAUGUUAGAGUUAUAGCUAUGAUUACAAAUGAAAUUGAACGAGGCAAGAAAAAAUGUGAACGAUAUUGGCCACUGUCAGGUCUACAGGAAUACCACGGAGAUCUGCUCGUGAAAUCGAUCUCGGAAACGUGUUAUGAAAACUAUAUUCUAAGAGAAUUUGACGUUUCCGAUGGUAAAGAUCAGUGGAAAAUUAUCUACCAGUACCAGUUUACGACCUGGCCCGAUCACGGGACUCCCGAGGAGCCGGACGGCGUGCUGGCGUUCAUCGCGGAGGUUAACCGGCGGGUGGCGCAGGUCAUGAACGAGGCCAAUGCGCCAGAACAGAAUGUCCUCUGCGUACACUGCUCAGCGGGAGUGGGGCGGUCCGGCACCAUGGUGGUCCUUGACAUACUUAUUGAUAAAAUGAACACGUCUGGAUUGAAUUGCACGAUCGACGUGUACAACACGGUGAGGUUGGUGCGCGCGCAGCGCGGCGGCAUGGUGCAAAACAGCUUGCAGUACCGCUUCAUAUACCUCGCACUGCAGGCCUACAUGGACACUAACAAAAUUAAAUUAAAACGAAAGGCAGGUAUAUUUUUUUAAAACUUUAAUAAAGUA